AUGGCUCUCACAAGUCAUCCAGUAUCGAACUCUUCACAAGGUGGUGAUGGCGUUAAACAGUGGUUGGGAAUCAAGUACGCCGCUUUGCAGCACAAGUUCGCUGAAGCCCAGCUUUGCGAAUAUACCGAUAUAAAGACUUUUGAUGAUUCCAAUCAUGGGUUGUCAGCUAUUUCACCACCAAAUGCUUGUGAACAUGAGUUUGGUCUCAUCCAGAAAUCUUUACCUGUCACAAAAUUCUCUCAAUCAGAUACGGAAUGCUUGAAUCUGAAUAUUACAGCCCCAGCUGACGCGCUUCAUGCGCCAUCCGCGUUGCCGGUCUUCGUAUUCAUACAUGGUGGCGGGUUUUCCAUUGGAUCGAAUGCAUGGCCACAGUAUGACCAGGCACGUAUAGUGACGCUGUCCAAGGAGUUAGGCAUACCAGUCAUUGGAGUGGGCAUUAACUAUCGGCUGGGCCCUUUCGGAUUCUUGACCUCGAAAGAAUUACAAGAUCAUGGAUAUAGCGCCAACAAUGGACUCAAAGACCAACAGGUAGCUCUUCUCUGGAUAAAGAAGCACAUUGCACUGUUCGGUGGAGAUCCAAAUAGAAUCACGUGUAUGGGAGAAAGCGCUGGCGCUGUAUCCACCAUGCACCAGAUCAAAUUAGGGGCCGGAACGCCAUCUUUCUCGCAAUUCAUCAGCCUCAGCGGCAGCCCAUUGAUGAUGAGACCUUUGCCCAGCUUCGUAGCCAACGAUAUAUAUCAAACAGUGACGGCUAUACUAGGCCUUCAAGAUCUCUCAGCUGCAGACAGAGUAGCAGCUCUAUCGUCGAUGCCAGCAACAGAAUUGCUGAUGAAGCUACCACCAGGCCUUCCCUUUUUACCAGUGCUAGACGAACGCACAAUUAAAAAAGAUACAGGUUUUGCAGAGCUGGCAUUAGACACCAAGACCGAACUGCCUGAAAACAUCAAUAUGCUCAUUGGUAGUUGUGAUAUGGAUGCGAGUAUCUUCGGAAUCAUGCUUGCUUCCAAACAGACUGGUUGUUUGAAACGCUUUGUUGAGAUUCUCAAUGAAUUCGCCUUGCCACAUACGUCAGAAAUUUUGAGAGCAUAUCACAUAACACCUGAGAUGAACGAUAGUGAGGCAUGGCCUUUGAUCCUUCACUUCGCCAACGACAUCGGCUUCCAUGCCCCGGCAAGCGCCUACGCCUCAGCAUGGAAAUCAACAGCAUAUCAAUACCGUUUCAGAGAGCCAAAUCCAUGGGAGGGGCCCUGGAAAGGCUAUGCAACUCAUGUGCUGGAUGUCGCAUACUUGUUCCUGAACUACACAGAGGAUAUGUCGAAGUCGCAAGCGGAACUGGCCGUCGAAUUUGCAACAGAUAUUAUUCGAUUCAUAAAUGGCAAGGCACCUUUCCAGAAAGUCGAACAGGGGUCAAAGUUCGUAAAGGAGUAUAUAUCAGAAGAUGGUAAAACCUUGAGUAGAGACAAGGAGGGGAAUGAUACUGUCUGGCCUGCACUGUUCUCACAAGCUGGCUAUGACGCGAUGUCAGGUGUAUGGGCGAAGUUCUUAAGCAGCUAG